AUGGACGACAAACCGUUCACAUAUUAUUCGGGCUCAAUUCACUACUUCCGGAUUCACGAAAAGCGAUGGAGCCAGCGUCUGAGACAGCUACGAGACCUAGGACUGAACGCAAUUCAAUACUACAUCCCGUGGAACUUUCACGAAGUUUUCGAGGGACAGUACAACUUUGUCGAUGAUCGCAAUUUCACCGAAUUCUCUCGAUUGGCCUGGCAACAACAUGGGAUGUAUACAAUUUUACGAGUCGGUCCCUACGUUUGCGGAGAAUGGGAAAACGGUGGUUUCCCGGCAUAUGUUACUGAUGGAAAUCUGACGCUUCGCUCUUCAGAUGAACGUUACUUGUUCUAUGUGAAGAAAUGGUUCGAUGUCUUGUUGCCAAAGAUCAAACCGAUGCUGUACAAUAAUGGAGGUCCAAUUUUGAUGGUGCAAAUCGAGAACGGAUUCGGCUGGACGCCAAAACGUGACAAAAAGUACAUGAAAUGGUUACGAGUUCUUGCCUUGAAGCAUUUAGGAAAGGAUACUGUACUCUUUACAAGUAAGAAAUCUUCACAACCGAUGCGCUCAAUCGCUCAAACGUGGAAUGAUCCAUGGAGUGUUACCGACAAUCAACUU